GGGGAACAAAGUCUUUACAGAAGAAGGCAGCAGAUGUUCGGGAGAAAAACACGGGUUGAGACAAUUCAAUAAUUAUGGUAAAGGAUAAGAAGAAAGAUGGCAAGAAAUCAGAAAAAUCUCUACGUCCUCCUGCUCCUGCACAAGAUGCUGCAGUGGAGAGUAGCUCAGUGAAGCCGACAGGUUUGCAGAGCUUGGACGGAGAGGAAGAGCCACAAGCAGAUCCUUUGGUGCCAGAGGAAGAGCCAGAGGCAGUGGAAGAACCUCCAGUCCACCAUGUUCCUCUAUACCCUGAGGAACCUCUUCUUGCUCGAAUUAUUGUAGAAAGGUAUGAAGGUGAAAAAGUCCACGGACUGUAUGAGGGUGAAGGCGUUGCAUAUUUUGAGGGGGGAAACACAUAUAAGGGCAUGUUUUCUGAGGGACUUAUGCACGGACAAGGGACUUACACAUGGGCUGAUGGAGUGAAGUACGAGGGGACUUUUGUUAAGAAUGUACAGAUGUAUGAUGGCUGUUAUACAUGGAGUGAUGGCAGCAUGUAUGAAGGAUCAAUCAAGAAUGGAGUUAGGCAUGGAUUUGGAUUGUUCAGGAGUGGUACGUGUCCAGUUUCUUACGUUGGCCACUGGUGUAAAGGCAAAAGACAUGGAAAGGGUACCAUUUACUAUAAUCGGGAAUAUACCUCUUGGUAUUCAGGUGACUGGGUAAAUAACGUAAAAGAAGGAUGGGGAAUUAGAUGCUAUAAGUCUGGAAAUAUUUAUGAAGGUCUGUGGGAGAAAAACUUACGUCACGGAAAAGGAAGAAUGAGGUGGUUGACAGCUAAUCAAGAGUAUAUAGGACAGUGGGAAAGUGGCAUACAGCAUGGGUUUGGCACCCACAUAUGGUUUCUGAAGAGGAUGCCUUUGUCUCAGUAUCCCUUAAGGAAUAAAUAUGUAGGUGAUUUUGUAAACGGGGAUCGUCACGGACAUGGGAGGUUCAUAUAUGCCAGUGGAGCAGUGUAUGAUGGAGAAUGGGUUUGCAAUAAGAAGCAUGGCAAGGGCAAGUUUGUCUUUACGAAUGGGCAUGUUUAUGAAGGAGAGUUUAUAGAUGAUCAUAUAGCGGAAUAUCCUGCUUUUCAAGUGGAUGCAUUGAAGGUACAAGGUCUGAAUGCCGUUUGCACACAAAGUCCUUUUGGCACCGAAACCAUCAGAAUAGUCGAUGGCUCAAGAAAUACUUCUCUUUUGGGACCAAAUAUUGAGUUAGAUAUAUCUUCACUGCUUGACUUCUUCCCAAAGGAAGAGAGACAAGAAGAAAUUAAACAAAUAGAAUUUGCUGUGUUGAGACAUAUGACGGAACUGAGAAGAAUUUACAGCUUCUAUAGCAGCUUAGGCUGUGAUCAUUCCCUUGACAACACCUUCCUGAUGACUAAGCUCCAAUUUUGGAGAUUUCUGAAGGACUGUCGGUUUCAUCACUGCAACUUAACUCUUGCUGAAAUGGACCGGAUAUUGAGCGGUGAUAAAACACCACUUGAAGAGAUACAUUCUCCAUAUGAGACCUUACUGUUCAGAACAUUUUUAUCUUGCCUUAUUCAUCUAGCAUUUCAUAUCUAUCAUGAGGAGCACAAAGAAAAAGGUCCUUACCUGCAUAAGUGUUUCUUAGAAAUGAUGUCCAGGAAUGUUAUUCCAACUGCAGGUCAUGUACAGGGUAUUUUAUUUUCCGAACGUGCUGUUUGUGCCAUGAGCUACAUUGGCAAAUGCUGGGAAAUAUACAGAGCUUUUUGUAGACCGAGUACCAAGCCUCCAUUUGAACCCACAAUGAAAAUGAGGCAUUUCCUUUGGAUGUUGAACGAUUUCAAGCUUCUAAGCAAACAAUUAACUGCUCCAAGGCUUGUGGAAAUACUUAUCAAAGACCGUCCCUUUCUAUGUGAUGGCAAUAACAGCAACCUGGAGCAGGAGUUGGUUUUUCUUGAAUUUGUUGAAGCUCUUCUGGAUUGCGCACUGGUGUAUGUUACCAGUGAUGUGAUGAAGCAGCAAGUAGAUUGUUAUAGUCAGAAAGGAAGUAGCUUUAGAAUUGAAGAUCUCUCCAAGGGAACUGCAACUGUGACUCAGUACCCAGAAUAUUCUUUGUCCCAGUCCAUUUACAACGGAAGUGUGAUUAGUACAGACAUAAAUGAUGACAUUUCCGAGGCAGCUGAGCUCUACAGUUGCCCAUGGUCGUCUUCAAGCAUAAGUGUGCUAUCAAAAGACAAAAUAAAGGCACAUGAGUCACUGAUACCGUGUGAAGACAGAGGGCUUUCUCUUCAAGAAUUUCAUACGGUAUCAGAUACUGUCCUCUUACUCCACACAGCACAUGCAGAUGUCAAAGAUACUCAGUCAUUGUUCAGCUGGGAUACGGAAAAAGGACAAAGUUUGUGCCCAGCAAAGGAAUUGGCAGAAAAACUAGAAGAGGAAAAAAAUGAACAAAUUGAGGAACUUGGUCUGCAGUCUUGUCAGGUGCAAAUCUUUUUUACGAGCAAGUUCUUUCCUGCCUACCAGCAUGAACAAGUGCUGAAGGGAAAAAUAAAAGAAAAUCAAAUUCGGGAUGCUGAAAUAGCUGAGCUGAGGAAACUAAAGGAUGAGGAGCUGGCAAAACUUGCUGCUGGAAGAGAAGCAGAAGAGGCAAAAAGACAACAAGUUGCAGUAGAAAAAGCAUCAUCUGAGCUCAAGAAUGCAAUAGUUCAGGAGUCAGAGUCUGUUGCACAGUUAGUACCUCCUCCAAAGGAAGAGGCAUCCAUUGUACUACCUCCAGUUGUUACCAAGGUGGGUGCAGGGACAAAGAAAAAGAAGAAGUAAAUCUUCUAAUGAGGACUGUGGAAACUUCAAGUAUGUAAGUGUUUUUUGAAGCAAAAAACCCCACUUCCAGUAGGGUCUAAAGCACAAGUGUUAUAAAAGCUAUUUGCAUGAGAUUUGCUGAUUUCAGGCUGAAGCUUAACUCCAUGGCCAGCUGUCUCCCCUUAAACCAAGGGAAGGAGAGUAUGUAAUCAGCUGCAUAUGAGUAUAACUCUUUACAUAAAUAAACAAAGCUAUUCCAGAAGCGAGUAUUGACUCUGUUUGCUAGAAAUGCCCUCAUUGUCACAUUGAGGCAGAACUGACAUCCCAUCUCAAAGCUGUAUGUCUCCUGUAAAUAGUUUCUGCUUAAAACAGGGUCUAUAUAAUUGAAAUACUGCAUAAGCAAAUACUUUUUGUGGUCAGGGAGGGAUUACUUUUAUGCAAGCAUUUGACAACAAAAAAGCAAAACACGUUGAAGCAAGACCUUCUAAGAACAGAUGAAGCUAGAACACAUGAAAUUUAGAAUUAAUUGGGCAUUAGUACUAGUUGCAAAAGACCUCUGACUU